CACCGUUCUCUCCAGUCGCUCCUCGACCUUUCCUCUUUCCAUUCCGUUCCCUUCUCUUCCGCUACUGCUUCCCUCUCUCACUGUCUCACAAUCUCCAUCCCUUCUAUCUCGCCGCCAUUGAACAAACGAUUGAUUUCUCGAUUCACCCUGCCCCGUUACAUUUUCCACAACCGGUCAGAAUCUAGGGUUCCGAUCUUUUUGUUUUCCCCUCUCUUAUUCUUCUCCGUCGGGACUUCCCAGAUUAUCAUCUCCGUCGGUUCCGUUAAAUCGAAGGGAAAAAUGGUGGUGGGUUCGCAGAGUCCGAACGUGGCUACGUCCACUCAAUCGGGGAACAAGAGAAGAGGUGGCAUUACUAAUAAAGUCUUCCUUGCUGGCCCUUCAGAGGCUGAUAUUCUGCGGAAUGCUAAUUUGGAGAAGUUUUUGGUUGAUUCUGGGUUGUAUGAGACCAAAGAAGAAGCUGAACAGAGGCAGGAGGUACUUGGCAGGAUUGAUCAGAUUGUCAAAGCUUGGGUCAAGCAACUGACGCGCUUGAGGGGCUACACCGAUCAGACGGUGGAGGAAGCAAAUGCAGUUCUUUUCACUUUUGGGUCUUACCGUCUUGGAGUAAGUCUAGGUGCAUGGUCCUGGGGCAGAUGUGGAUACAUUGUGUGUGGGUCCAUCUUAUGUCAACCGUGAGGAAGAUUUCUUCAUUAUCUUGCAUGAUUUGCUUGCUGAAAUGGAGGAAGUUACAGAGCUUCAACCAGUUCCAGAUGCUCAUGUCCCUGUAAUGAAAUUCAGAUUCUUGGGGAUAUCUAUUGAUCUACUUUAUGCAAGUAUUUCUCUUUUGGUUGUUCCAGAGGAUCUGGACAUCUCUAAUGGGUCCGUGCUGCAUGAUGUGGAUGAACAAACUGUUCGUAGCCUUAAUGGAUGCAGGGUAGCGGAUCAAAUUCUCAAGCUUGUUCCAAAUGCUGAGCAUUUUCGAACAACACUCAGAUGUUUGAAGUUUUGGGCUAAAAGGCGAGGUGUUUAUUCUAAUGUCACUGGUUUCCUUGGUGGUGUAAACUGGGCCCUUCUUGUUGCUCGAGUGUGCCAGCUUUAUCCCAACGCAAUCCCUAGCAUGUUGGUUUCUCGAUUUUUCAGAGUGUAUACUCUGUGGCGUUGGCCGAAUCCUGUGAUGUUGUGCUCAAUAGAAGGAGAUAAACUCGGAUUUUCAAUGUGGGAUCCCCGUAAAAACCCCAGAGAUCGACUUCAUCAUAUGCCUAUAAUAACUCCAGCUUAUCCUUGCAUGAAUUCUAGCUAUAACGUCUCGAUAAGUACUCUCCGUGUUAUGAUCGAACAAUUUCAAUUUGGUAACAGGACUUGCGAGGAGAUCGAGGUCAGCAAGGCCCAUUGGAGUGCGCUAUUUGAGCCUUAUCCAUUUUUUGCUUCAUACAAAAAUUACCUCCAGGUUGAUAUAAUUGCAGCAGAUGCUGAUGAUCUGUUAGCUUGGAAAGGCUGGGUUGAGUCACGUCUUAGACAACUUACUUUGAAAAUCGAGCGAGAUACAAAUGGGAUGCUGCAGUGCCAUCCUUAUCCGCAUGUGUACACUGACAUGUCAAGACAAUUCCCUCAUUGUGCUUUUUUCACGGGGUUGCAGCGAAAAGAGGGAAUAAGUCCUCAAGAAGGCCAGCAAUUUGAUAUAAGGGGAACAGUUGAUGAAUUUAGGCAAGAUAUAAACAUGUACGUGUUCUGGAAACCGGGAAUGGAUAUUUCUGUUGCUCAUGUUCGAAGAAGGCAGCUUCCUACUUAUGUUUUCCCAGAGGGACACAGACGUUCUCGGCAUUCUAGGCAUUUAAAUCAGCAGCAGGCUGGAAAAGCUAAUGAUGAUGUUGGAAAGUCUCCAUCUGGAUCCAUUGAAGAGCAGCUUAAGAGAAAACAUGAUGGUGAAAUGGGAGCUGUAAAACGAGUCAAGUGUGCCUCUGAAAGUCCACAGAAACUGCUGUCUGUUUCUCCAGAACUCUGUAGGACUAGGUCUGUUGGACCACUUUUAGAGAGCUUCCACGAGGUGGUUAAAAUGGGCUUUUCUUCAAAUCUGGCUGAUGUUGAUAAUAAUGCUCCAUUUACAUCAUGUAGUGGACAGGACAACGGUGAAAAUGGAGACCCGGUUGUUUGUGAUUCCAAAGGGUUUGAAACUGAAGAUCAGGGGGGUGACUUAAGCAGACAAGUUUCAUCACAAGACUAUAUAUCCUCCUUAGCAAUGAAUGAGCCAGAACCAAUGGAUUUGGUGGCUGAAUGGCAGCAUGCUCCUGACCCAAGCGAAUGCCGAGUUGGGGUAGUUGAAACUUGUUUGGAAGAGGGUACAGCAAACGGGUCCUCUGAGGGAUUCUUAAAUUUGACAGGGGUUGGAGUUGAGGUUGAAGCGGUGCCAAUUGUACCGUCUAAUCAGACUUUUGUAGUGCUUGGGGAAAAGGAAGUAGUGUGCUCUAGUUCCAGCAAUUGGAACCUCAAUUGUGAGGUGAGUAAUUCUGUUUAAGGUUUUUGGGUUUAAUGGUGUAAAAGUAAUGGAAGGGGCUAUCUGAAGUUCGGAAGAUAGUGACAACAGGAGGAUCUUUGCAGGGUGAAGAUGCUACAGAUUUGGGCUCAGUUCUGGAGAAUAGAUGUCCGAGUGGGAAAGGACAGAUUGCAAAUGGCUUGCCUGAAGAACUAGAGGUCCUAAUCCUUGAUUGCUGACUUGAAAUUGUUUUCUUCCACUAAUACCUCUGUUCAUCCACUCGUUCGUAACUGAUUGCCAUAUUGCCUACUGUCUUUCCAUUGUUUGAUGGAGUUGGAGCAUUUCCCAGCAUGCCAGUGAAAAAUCUGUUUUAAGGAAUCUACUAUUGAGGUCCAGAAAUCUGAGUGAUAAUGUUUAUGCUCCCCUUCAAUUGAAUAUUGCAUGAAUUCUGACCAGUCAAAGUUGAAUGUGAAACUUUUCUUCUUUGAUUAUUUUCUCUCUUUGCCCCACUUGUUUUAUGCGGAGAAUUUCCUAACUGGUGCUUAUGGUGGCAGGUCCUGCACCACCACUAUACGUGCUAUGUUUCGAGUAACUGUUGCUAACAAAGAACUACCUGAACAUAUUUUACAGCUGGAUACAUCUACUCUCUGUUUAAUAUUUUGCUUUCAUUUCCCAAACGAGGAGGCUAACUUUUGAUUCUUAAUUUGCCUUCGCUUGUAUAUUUUCUAGUGCUACACUGGCGGGACAGCUAUGCAAUCUCAAGACGGAUCAUCGAGGCUGAGUCUCAAAUCAACAGUAUGAGGUAAAGUGAAUGAGCAGCUUGAAGUUCAUGGUAAGUGCAGCAUUUAUUUGCUGGCCCCUCCCCGUCUUGUUUUCUCCAGGUGUGAGCACCUAAACACGGUAGAGCUGGAGCUGGGUUGAGGCAUGCUGCAUCGCUUGGUGGUUUGGGUGGUUCAUCUAAAGCUAAGCAUGAGGCUAAGCUGUUCGGAUGUCUGGUGCCCGUGAAAGCCACUAUGCUGGCAAGAUUCACAUCUUGGAUGAUUACGAAACGAUUUGUUUUCAUUGGCUGCUGGAAUUGUGGUCCGUUUGUUCUCUUUUCGGACGUAUGUUUUCAUGUUUUAAAUCAGUAGGAUCCAAACUCUGUUGAGGAAUCGUUUCAAGUGUACAUUAUAUAAGAGGAUAUCAGAUUGAGUUGUUUUCGCAAGGUAACCACUGGUUAUGAAGUACACCUAAGCUUGCAGAACCUCUGGCUUGCGCUUUAGAAGUACGCGUUCCUGAAAAAGCCGGGUCGAACACAGUGAUACUUGAAAUGAUAUCUCUUGUGUAAUGGAGAGGGUUUAUUCAUUAUUGUCAUAGCCAUAUAAUAUAUACAUUCCCUCUGUUCCCUCGUUUGUGCAAAACCUGGUUCUCUAUUGACCACUUACAUGGGAUGUUAUUCUACAGUGUACUAACAAGACUAGAGAAAUGGCAGAAGUUCAUACGCUGUAGGUGUCAUCAAUAUCAACGUCUGUCACCUUCUUGCUCCGCCUGUAACUAGCAGAGGGGCCACGUCGAACUCGCGACCACCCUUGCUGUCGUAGUUCCUCUUCUCCCCGUUCUUCUCGUACUCUAUCGGACACAGUCUCCUCAGAACUUGCACGACCUCCUUCAUCGAGGGUCUCGUCGAUGGCAUUGUGCUCGUGCAUAUCAACCCUAACUUGAACACUGUCAUCAUUUCCUCUACAUUGCUCCCUUCCUUGAUCUCCUCAUCAAGACAAUCUUCCACUGGUUUGCCUUCUCCAAUUUGUCGCCAUGUUCGCCUGCCUUCCAGUCACCAGCUCCAGCAGCACCACUCCGAAACUGUACACGUCGAUCUUCUCGUUCACUCUCGUCGUGUAAGCAUACUCUGCAGAAACGAUGAGCUUUACCUGGAGCGAAGUAUCCGAACGAGCCUGCUACCGCAGACACAGUCUCAGGGUCUCCAGACUUGGACAACAUCUUCGCCAGCCCGAAAUCUGCGAUUCGAGGUUUGAACUGAGAA